AUGGAAAACACACAUUUUAAUCACAAAGAGUUUUAUAUUAACGGGAAAUAUGACUUAGAUAUCCUAGAGGAACAUUUUCAACAUGGUGAAAUGGUAAGUAAGGAAGCACUUUUAACCAUCAUUUCUAAAGCAAAGACAAUAUUUAGAAGUGAGCCAAACAUGGUAGGAUUAAAUAAAAGAACUGUUGUUUUUGGAGACAUUCAUGGGAAUUACUUCAAUUUUCUGAACAUAUUGAAUGAUGACCAAUGGAAAGAGAUUGACCAUGUGAAAGUCUUUCUUGGUGAUUAUGUGGACAGAGGAAAAUACUCUGUAGAGACGAUGAUAACAUUAAUUUGUAUGAAGAUCAAUGAACCUGACAAAGUUGUCUUGUUGAGAGGAAACCAUGAAUCACUUUCUAUGACACACAUCUUUGGAUUUGAAAGGGAAUGUGUGUGGAAAUACAACAGCACAAUAUAUAAUGAGUUUAUUGAGUUGUUUAAGACACUUCCAUUGUGUGUCCUCUUAAGUCUUUCACUUGGUAAUUUCUUCUUGUGUCAUGGGGGUAUCUCUCCUUCGCUUCAAUUUAUCGAUCAAUUGCAACAAAUUAACAGAUUUGUUGAAGUUCCAGAUACUGGCGUAUUCUGUGAUUUAUUGUGGAGUGAUCCGUUACAGUAUGAAGUGUAUGAUGAGAAGUAUGAGAAUGGAGAUAUUAAUGACGAUUGGUUUGAUGUGAAUUACUUACCAAAUAAGAGUCGAGAGUGUUCUUAUUUUUAUGGGUACAACGCAGUUGUUAAUUUCUUACAAGACAAUGAUUUGCGAGCAAUCAUCCGAGCCCAUGAGUGUGUUGAUGGUGUCCAACAACACGACUUUGAAAAUGAAGAUCAAAUUCCAAUCAUGUUCACAGUAUUUUCGUCAGCUGGGUACAAUGGAAAUAACAAAGCGGGUGCUAUGUUAAUUAAAGACGAAGGAAUGACCGUCAAAUUAUAUAGUUAUCAAGAGCCCCGUUUUAAACAACCGUUCCAAGCUGAUGCAUUUUAUUUAUCUUUAGAAACCUUUGUUGAUCAAUUACAGACUAUUUUUGGACAAAUGAUGUUGUGCUUGUUUGAUGUACAAGAAGAAGACAAAGAAAUUGAAAGAGGAACCGAUGAAUUAUUGCAGAGUCUUGAAACAAAACUUGCUGAAGCACAAGUGUUAAUUAAUGACAUAGAAGAGAGCUCUGAAGACUAUCAAACAGUUGAACAAAUUGGUGAAGAUAACACACUUCAAAAUCAAAUGGAAGUCUUUCAAAAGCGGCAAAAAGAUCGGAAGUGUAUAGUAAUGCCACUGAUUAGUACACUCAACAAUGAGACUUUACCUUCACCGAAAAUAAUUGUUAAAGAAUCUUUAACUGACACUUGUCGUUCAAGUGAGAACACUUCCUCAGUACCAUCAACAAUAGUUGUUCUUGGAAAUCCCGAGAACAAGUCUUUCAUGUCUUUAAAUUCGGGAGAAAAGAAGAAGUCGACACUCAAAAGUCGAUUUGAGAAGUAUUAUGACUCCGUUCCACCAACUUUGGCACAAUUACGAGAGUAUUGGAAUAAGUCUUUAAAAGAAUCGAUUAAAAGUACUUCACCAAUACUUCCAAUAGAGUCAGAGAAGUCUUUGAAUGCCUCAAAUUAUCUUCUACCAAAAAGAUAUGGCGUUUAA